GAUGCUGCAGCAGAUAAACUGCACUGCUCUUACUCGAGCUGCUCUGCUUCAACUUCACAGCAAAUAAGACGAGAUAUUAAAAGGAUUUCGAGAGCUUUGGAUUUAAACGUUUACUGAGGGAAGGUGUUUUAAUCCCUUCCUUCAAGUCAUAAAGAACAGAGAACAGGUACAACGCGAGAAGGAUGGAAAAGCAGUUAUGUUAAAGUACAACGCGGGACUGCUGAACUAGAGGUUUUUUCAAGACACCGAGGAAAACUAUUUGCUUUUCCUAAGAUGCUGAAGCUGCGUAAAGUCGGGAGUUUGGCAGGUAGCGGACCUGAGAGAGCGCAGGGGAUCUGUCUGCCUUUCAUUUUACUGCUGCUUAUGUUCACACCGACCGUGAACUCGUCCUGGUGGUACAUUGGUGCACUUGGUGCACGGGUCAUAUGUGACAACAUUCCUGGCCUGGUAAACGAGCAGCGGCAGUUGUGCCAGAGACACCCAGACUUAAUGCAGUCAAUUGGUGAGGGAGCCAAAGAAUGGAUACGCGAGUGUCAACACCAGUUCCAGCACCAUCGCUGGAACUGUAGCACACUGGAACGUGACCACACUGUCUUUGGUCGCGUCAUGCUGCGAAGUAGCCGUGAGGCAGCAUUUGUAUAUGCAAUCUCGUCUGCCGGAGUGGUGUAUGCAAUCACUCGCGCAUGCAGCCAGGGGGAGCUCAGGAGCUGCAGCUGUGACACCCACAAGAGAAGAAGAGCAUGUGAUGAAAUGGGAGACUUUGACUGGGGUGGAUGCAGCGACAAUGUGAAUUAUGGUAUCAAGUUCGCCAAAGCCUUUGUGGAUGCCAGGGAGAGAAUGGUAAAAGAUGCCCGCGCACUGAUGAACCUGCACAACAAUCGCUGUGGCAGAAUGGCAGUGAAGCGCUUCAUGAAGCUGGAAUGCAAGUGUCAUGGCGUUAGUGGUUCAUGCGCUUUGCGGACAUGUUGGCUUGCUAUGUCUGAUUUCCGGCGCACAGGAGACCACUUGAGGAAGAAGUACAACACAGCGGUGGAGGUCACAAUGAACCAAGAUGGCACAGGGUUUAUGGCUGCAGAUAGGAACUUCAAAGGUACAACCAAAAACGAACUGGUGUACGUCGAAAACUCUCCAGAUUAUUGCCUCCUGGACAGAACAGCAGGUUCUCUGGGCACAGCAGGGAGGGUGUGCAAUAAAUCAUCCAAGGGCAUGGACGGCUGUGAAGUUAUGUGCUGCGGUCGUGGAUAUGACACCACGCGGGUUAAACGGGUCACCAAGUGCGAGUGCAGAUUCAAGUGGUGCUGCUCAGUGGAGUGCCAAGACUGUGAAGACACCGUAGAUGUUCACACUUGCAAACCACAUAAACGCCCAGAUUGGCUAGAUCUUACUUGACUUCUGUAGGUGUGGCCAAUUAUUUUAAAAUAUUCUCUUCUCAGGGUUCCCAAGUGGACCAAAGAAUCAUAGGAUGCAUGGUCCUGGCUUGCUGGUCUCUGUCUGCAGAAUGUUAAUCCUUGUUUGACUUCCAUGACAACAGUGCAGAACAGUAAAACUGUUCUUCAAUCUGGAACAUUGCUAGUCUUUGGACAACAAAAGAAAAAAGGAUUUAAUAUUUGUUUUUUCUCUGUUGUUGUCAUGGUUUAAUCACCUUGGAUAAGAGCAUAGAAAUUGCUAAACGCUGCUUUAAAAUGUACAGAAAAAAAUGACAAUUUUUUGACAAGAACUUCUUUUAGUAUUUGUUGUACGCUCUGAGAAAUUGAGCAGUUGACACUGGACUCAGUGCCUCAUGAAUAUUAACUGCCUGAAAACAGAUUAGUACUUUCUCAAAUUGAAAUUGUCUGAACGCAAAUUGUCUGAACGCAGAUUGGUACAAUAAUAAAAAAAAAAAAAUCAAAUCUACACAAGGAGGUCAUGCUGUUGUUGUAUGUGGAAAGAGGCAGCAUUAAACAUGACACAAAUCUAUAGUUAUGUUUCCUCAAAAUUCCCUCCCUUUUUUUUUCGUGACUUGGACAAAUAAACAAAAAUCAAAUUCC